AUGGCAUUGCCAACCGCGGUCGUAGCCGGCGUUGCCGCCUCCGUCGCCGCGCUGGUGCUGCUGGCGGUCGCCGCCGCGCUCUGCUGGUGGCGGCUCGGGGCGCGCCGUAGCCGGACCUCCGACACCGCCUCCGACGAAACUCCCCCCACGCUAGCGGAGUGGGGCAGGUGCGGCCGGACGUCGUCUGCGCCGGACUACCACGGCGCCAGGCGGUUCACGCUGGAGGAGAUGUCCCACGCCACCAAGAACUUCAGCGACGCCAACCUCGUGGGCGCCGGCACCUUCGGCAAGGUCUACAUGGGCCUCCUGCUCGACGGCACCGUCGUCGCCAUCAAGCGCCGCGUCGGCGCGCCGCGCCAGGACUUCGUCGACGAGGUGAGGAGGCAGUCGGAGAUCUGGCACCGGAACGUGGUGACCCUCAUCGGCUACUGCCAGGACGGGGGUCUGCAGAUGCUCGUCUUCGAGCACCUGCCCAACGGCAGCGUCUGCGGCCAUCUAUACGAUAGCGGCAAGGAGUCGAUGACAAGGCUGGAGUUCAAGCAGAGGCUCUCGAUCGCCAUCGGAGCGGCCAAAGGCCUGGACCAUCUGCACAGCCUGGCGCCUCCGUUGAUCCACAAGGGCUUCAAGACGAGCAACGUGCUGGUGGACGAGAACUUCAUCGCCAAGGUGUCCGACGCCGGAGUCGACCGGCUGCUCAGAGGGCUCGAGGACCCCGGCUCGCCGCUGAAUGGGUUCCGUUCGGGCAUAUACCAGGAUCCAGAGGCACAUUCCCUGGCACAGCUCUCUGCGAGCAGCGACGUGUACAGCUUUGGGGUUUUCCUUCUGGAGCUCAUCACCGGCAGGGAGGCCGCCACCUUGGUUUCUCCGGAAUCAACCGAAUCUCUCGCUCAUUGGUUGGAGACGUCGGGAGACGAGGUGGCGGACCCGAGGCUCGGCGGCAGCUUCACCUCGGAGGGCAUGAAGGAGCUGGUUGGCCUGACGAUGCAGUGCCUGAGCCCGUCGGCGGUGAGGAGGCGGCCCAAGAUGCGGCUGGUCGCGGCGGAGCUCGACCGCAUCCUGGAGAAGGAGAUGACCCUGACGACGGUCAUGGGGGAUGGCACGGCCAUCAUCACCCUUGGGAGCCAGCUCUUCACGUCAUGA